AUGGAAAAAGUUUGUUAUACAUGUGGUUAUGCAAAUGGGAUUGAAGUCAAUUCUGAAAGCACUAGUGGACGUUUAUGUCUAGCAUGGAGGAACGAGAUUGGUUUUACGCUCCAAAGUUAUUCCAAAAAACAUAUUGAUGUGAUGGUUGAUGAUAAUGAAGCAAGAGGGACUUCAAUGAGAUCAUGUAUAGUUUUGAAAAAAAGGGGAGGUUUACCUCGAGAUGAAAGAAGAAUGGAAAGGUUUCGAAAUGUUUUGUCAGUUUGUCAGCUAACUGAUGUGGGGUUUUCUGGAAAUUGGUUUACUUGGGAGAAGGGAAACCUACCUGAGACUAAUAUCCGAGAAAGACUAGAUAGAAGAGUUGCCAACAAAGAAUGGAUGGCCAUGUUUCCUGAGGUCAUUAAACGACCAAACAAAAAGAGAUUCAAGUUCGAGGCAUGGUGGUUAAUGGAAGAGUCAUUUGAAGAAAAUGUCAAAAUCAGUUGGGAAACAUCUUCAGGAAAUCUGUUGCAAAAGCUAGAUAUGCUAAAGGAUGAGUUACAAAAAUGGGAUAAAAACAGACGAUUAGAAAGACGACGGCGAAAAGAUUUUCUCACAGCCAUACUUUUAGAAUUAACAGAAGCUAAAAGAGAUGAUGAAAAGAUGGUUGAACUGAUUGAUGCGAAGAUUCAAUUGAAUUUUGAAAUUGAGAAGGAUGAGCGUUAUUGGGAACAAAGAGCUCGUGUUGAUUCGUUGAAAUUUGGUGACAAGAAUACAACAUACUUUCACAGCCAAGCAACACAACGCCGAAGAAGGAACCUUAUCCAUAAACUGAAAGAUGAAUAA